AUGAUACCAAUAGAAAUGUCAACACCCACAAACACAAUGGCCUGGUCUGAGUCCAUGGAUACUUUAUUAGCCAACAAAGCUGGUCUAGAUGCUUUUAGAACAUUUCUGAAGUCAGAAUUUAGUGAAGAGAAUGUUGAAUUCUGGCUGGCCUGUGAAGAUUACAAAAAAACUGAAUCUGCAGAAAAAAUUGCUUCUAAAGCCAGAAUGAUUUAUUCUGAAUUCAUACAAGCUGAUGCCCCCAAAGAGAUUAACAUUGACUUCAGUACCAGAGAUCUUAUCUCACGGAAUAUGUCAGAACCAACUCUCAAAUGUUUUGAUGAAGCUCAGAGGUUAAUCUACAGUCUCAUGGCCAAGGACUCUUUUCCUCGUUUUCUAAAGUCAGAGGUUUAUAGGAAAUUGGUAAAUAGCCAACAGGAUGGAAAUCAUAAGAGAUGGCUCCCCUUUUUGUGAACAAGGUAAAUGUUAACAAUUGGAGUUUGCUAUUGAAAAAAAAGCUAUUUUGAACCAAAUCUGAAAUA